CAGGUGCUUCAGUGCUGUGGAGGUUCUGAGUGUUGGAGCUGCUCUUCAUUCGCCUGGAUUACAGGAUUAUAUAAUCAUCAGCAAAUACAGAUUUUCUGUAUAGAUCUGCUCCAGAUGGAUGAAGAUGCUCCUCUGCUGGUGUUUAUUCUGCUGCUGUUCUGCAGCCGGAUCUCCUCCUCCCUCUCUAACGGCUUCUUCUACCAGGACAUCCUGAACGGAAACGGGAACGGAGAAAUUUAUUUUAAUGGUGUGAAGCUGCGGGUGGAGGCUCAGCCGCCCUCUGCCGUCCCGGUGAGGGGGGGUAACGUCACCCUGCCCUGCCGGUUCUGGUACGAGCCAGAGCUCAGCGUCCCCCGGAGGGUCCGGGUGAAGUGGGCGUGGCUUCCUGUCUCCGGGGACAGCAAAUCAGAUGUCCUGGUUGCAAUCGGACACCGUCACCGCAGCUUCGGACACUUUAAAGACCGAGUGUUCCUCCGGCAGGACGUCCCGGGAGACAUCUCCCUGAUCAUCAGUAACGUGAGCCUGAGGGACGGGGGACAGUACCGCUGUGAGGUCAUCGACGGGCUGGAGGACGAGAGCGCGGCCGUGCAUCUGGAGCUCAGAGGCGUGGUUUUCCCCUACCAGCCUCACCGCGGGCGCUACCACAUGAGCUUCGCGGCGGCGCGGCGAGCGUGUGAAGAGCAGGACGCCGCCGUGGCCACGUUUCAGCAGCUGUACGCCGCCUGGCGGGAGGGGCUGGACUGGUGUAACGCGGGGUGGCUGGCGGACGGGACGGUGCAGUACCCCAUCACUCAGCCCCGGUCCCCCUGCGGGGGUCUGGACCUGGGCCCCGGGGUCCGGAGCUACGGAGCACGACACAAACUCUCACACCGCUACGACGUCUUCUGUUUCUCCUCCUUUAUCAGAGGUAGAGUGUAUUUCCUCCAGCAUCCUCAGCGGCUGAAUUUCAGCGAGGCGGUUCAGGCCUGCAUCACAGAUGGAGGUGAGAUAGCGACGGUGGGGCAGAUGUUUGCAGCGUGGAGGUUUCUGGGGCUGGACCGAUGUGACGCCGGCUGGCUGGCGGACGGAAGCCUGCGGUACCCCAUCGCUAAGCCCCGCCCCAACUGUGGCCCUCAGGAGCCGGGGGUCCGCAGCUUUGGCUUCCCCUCCCCUCACCACAAACACGGGGUCUACUGCUAUAGCUCCAAAUAAACAUCUAUCAGACCUGCGGAGAGCGUAGCGCCACCUGCUGAAGAACCUGCACUGAAGUGGGAGCAGAUUUCAGCCAUAAAAACUGAUUAUUUACACUAUUUUAAUAUAAAUGACCGUUCUACUGAAUGGGUGCCAUUUACUUGUUGUAACUCUUUCAAAAACUAAAUAAUAUUUUUUUUAUAUUUUUAAUUUUUCUGAAUCUAAUAAACCAUAUAUUUAAAGGACCAA